CCGCGUAGAGUUAAAAUGUUGCUGUUAUAAGGUCUCUCUCUCCACUCUCCCUUUCAAGUUUCAAUCCCUUUCUCCUCCUCUAUAUAUCACAACCACAGACCACCGAUCGAACCCCCACACCUUCAACAUUUUCCACAUUUUUUGUCCAAUGGCUGACAGAGUAUUCCCCACCAAACCCGCCACCAACGGCGUCCCCGCCGCCGCCAAAACCAACGGCACCGCCGCCGCCAACCCCCCCUUCCCGGCGACCAAAGCCCAAGUCUACAACGCCAACCGCCCCGCCUACCGUCCCCAGCCGUACCACGACCGCCGCCGGCGAAGCUUCUGCUGCUCCUGCUUCCUCUGGACCACUCUCCUCAUCAUCAUCCUCCUCGUCCUCGCCGCCGCCACCGGCGGCGUCCUCUACCUCCUCUACCGCCCCCACCGCCCCUCCUUCUCUCUCACCUCCCUCAAAAUCACCCGCUUCAAUCUCUCCUCAUCUUCCCACCUCACCUCAAACUUCAACCUCACCGUCACUUCUCGAAACCCCAACAAAAAAAUCACCUUCAUCUACAACCCCAUCAACAUUCUCGUCACCUCCAACGGCGUCAAUCUCGGCGCCGGCGAGUUUCCCGCCUUCACCCACGGCGGCAAGAACACGACGGUACUGAAAACUAAGCUGAUCAGCGCCGGCGAGAGCGUCGACGGCGCGGCGUUAAAGAAUAAAAAAUUGCUGCCGUUGCAUAUCGAGUUGGAUACGAAAGUGAAAGUGAAGAUAGGGAGCAUGAAGAGCAAGAAGGUGGGGAUUAGAGUCAAGUGCAGCGGGAUUAAGGCGAGUUUGCCGACGGGGAAGUCGCCGACGGUGGCCGCGACGGCGAAUGCGAAGUGCGACGUGGAUCUGAGGAUCAAGAUCUGGAAAUGGACCGUCGGGUAACGAUGAAUUAGAACUAGGUGUGAUUAGCUAAUUUCGUGCAUUUUUUUGUUUUUUGAAUUUGUGUUGAUUUUUUGGUCAAAUUCAUGUUUUAUUUGGCUUUAAAUUUUUUUAAUGUAAUGGUGACGGUGAAAUGAUAUAUAAUAUGAAUAUAGACAGGUUUAUGGUA